CAGAACCUGGACCUGGAUUUGGACUUGGGUUUCUGGGAGCUGCAGCCACUUCUUUUCUCCGCUUGGAUUCACUGCGUGCCACGGAAAAUCUACCUUCCGGUCCUCCGUGGGUGGACUAAAGUUAACCAGGACUUAGCCCUUGACUCGGGGGAUUCAGGGGAAGCCCCGUGGGGCUAGAAGGCGUCCCGGAGCAUCCUUCUUGGCCAACAGGACUAGAAAGGGAGAGGAAUGAAAAGUGGAGGGUAGUGCAGAGAGCGGGGUCAGCCCGGGAGCCUUCGCCCUCCGCGCCCCACCCAGGAAGCGUCUGUGGACGACUGCAAAGUUUCCCUUUUUUCGCUUUCUCAUCAGUGUGAGCCCCACUGAAGUAAGCGCCCGAGAAGUUAAAGCAAAUACCGUAACUUGCGGGCUUUACCUCCCCGUCCUCACCCCUCGUGAUUUCCCGUCUGCUCUCCCUUACUCCUACCGGCCAUGGGCAGCCGAGACUACCUGUUCAAGGUGCUGGUGGUGGGAGACGCCGCCGUGGGCAAGACGUCCCUCGUCCAAAGGUACUCCCAGGACAGCUUCAGCAAACACUACAAGUCCACCGUGGGAGGUGAGAGCCCGGUCUGGGAGAGAGGCAGCCUAACCCAGUGGACUUUGCUCUGAAGGUUGUCCAGUGGUCUGAUUCAGAAAUGGUGCGGCUCCAGCUAUGGGAUAUUGCAGGCCAGGAGAGAUUCACCUCCAUGACUCGUCUGUACUAUCGGGAUGCCUCAGCCUGUGUCAUUAUGUUUGAUGUCACCAAUGCCACCACCUUCAGUAACAGCCAGAGGUGGAAGCAAGACUUGGACUCUAAGCUCACACUGCCCAGUGGGGAGCCUGUGCCCUGCCUGUUAUUAGCCAACAAGAGUGAUCUAUCCCCAUGGGCAGUGACUAGGGACCAGAUUGACCGGUUCAGCAAAGAGAAUGGUUUCAUUGGCUGGACCGAGACAUCAGUCAAGGAGAACAAAAACGUUAAUGAAGCUAUGAGAGUCCUUAUUGAACAGAUGGUGGCCAAUACCAGGGAAGGCAGCAUAUCUGUGUCCUCGCAAGGUGACUACAUCAAUCUGCAAACAGCAUCCACAUCUGGCUGGUCCUGCUGUUAAUUGUGUGCAGCUUUCUCCUUAUCUCGGAUGGGGAAGAUCUGACCAUCUCUUCAUUUUCCUUCCAUACCUACCCAGCUGCCUAAUUAAGAACUUGUGAUGAAUCUACUGAGAGAACACCAGCCUUGUUCCUUCAGAGCAUUUCCUCCUGACCCAGCAGGGCAGUACCUCAUUACUCAGACAAGACCUCUAAGUUCCUGUGUAUGUUUCUACAUUGGUUAGGGAUAGGCUGUGUGGCCUGGGUAGGGGUUCAAAGGAAGAUCCUUUAUGCCCCUUCUCACAAGACCUGGAUGGAAUUUUAUUGACAUGAGGGUAGAUGGAAGACAGCACACUUUUUCGUUAUGAACCCCAACUGUCCUUGAGGAUAUCAUUCCAUGAUGGCAACAUCUUGACUUCAGACCAAAAGAACAAAGAUCAAGAUGUUUUCUUGCCAAACUCUUUUGUGGGUCAUUACUUUUGUAGCUCCCUCUGUGGCCUGGACUUUGGAUUGAAAUGUCUAACUCUUCUCUGGCUGUCUGCAAACUUGGAACAACUCUAGAAACCCUUGUAUUGCAUUUGUGGUUUUGGAAAGGCUCUGAAAUCAUGAGGGCCUUCUCUCUCUCUCUCUCUCUCUCUCUCUCUCUCUCUCUCUCUCUCUCUCACACACACACACACACACACACACACACAGUGGUGGAACUUUUAAUCCAUCUGUCUUUUGUGAUGAGAGUCUCUCUCUAAGUAUGGACAGGGAGGAAAUGACUAGCAAGUCUUUCUGUGGUCUUUUUACUCAUGAUCCAAGAGUAUAGUUUUACAGGCAGACUGGUUAAUGGAGAACCUGAUGCUCACUCAACUCAGCAAGACAUUUGCUUACUACGAUGUACGUCUUAGUUAGAAAGGGGACUUCGAAGCUCCCUGAAUCUGAGAGGAGGAAACAAAGGGAAGAGGAGAGGUGAGCAAGACUGGAUUCCAAGGGGCUGCUUAGGUCUUGGUGUAAAGUUUAUAGCUACAGAAAGGUAGUAUGGUCCUACGGAUAAGGAGGCUUACUAUAUAUAAAUAUAUAUAUAUAAAACAUUAAGCACAAAAAUCCCAGGAUUCUGUUUCAGGUCCUAGUUCAUUUCUGGAUGGUUGGAUUUUUCCAUGGGAUUGAAGUUUAAGGGAAUGCUCUUUGAGGUCAGUUAUCCACUCAGGGCUAAAGCUGAGUGAUAUGUCAACAAAGGUGGAAGUGAUGAACACAGGGGCCAGAUACCAGGGAUAGAAAAGAAGCCAAAACCUUUCCGAUAGAAAUUUAAGCCAUUUCAUACAACUUUUGUACAGUCCCUAGAGGCCUUUAAAGAUUCCUUUUGUGUUCAAUAAAUUUUGUUGCAAAUUGUGGGAAUUCCUUUUGUACUAUUACUCAAACAAGGUUUUUGACUGUGAUAUUCUCAAGUAAACAUCAUGUAAUAGUCACCUUUUGUGAAGGAGAAAUUAAUUUUAAUCCACUCUAUUGGACUGAAAAAUCAUGAUCAAAUUGGAAAUAAAAGUCUUGUGUGCUCA